CAGCAUUCCAGGGAGGGCCUGCUGACCUGAAGGGAUCCUCUGGCCUCUGUCUAAGUCACUCUGUCCCAGGUCAAAAGACCAGAGAAGACACUGGCACUGGGACCCACUGCUGGCAAAUAGCCGCCCUCUAAGGAGGAGUCUGCUGACGGCGAGGGCCAUGGACUUCAUCACCUCUGUGGCCAUCCUGCCCCUGCUCUUUGGUUGCCUGGGGGUCUUCAGCCUCGUCCAGCUGCUGCAGCGCAUGUGCAUGAAGGCCUACCUCCGGGACGCCGUCGUGGUGGUCACAGGCUCUACCUCCGGGCUGGGGCGAGAAUGUGCCAAAGUCUUCUAUGCAGCUGGUGCUAAGCUGGUGCUCUGUGGCCGGAACAGAGAAGCCCUAGAAGAGCUCUCUAAAGAACUUGCUGCUUCUCAGGCCACCAAGGUGCAGACACACAAGCCUUACAUGGUGACCUUCGACCUCACAGACUCUGGGUCCAUAGUUGCAGCAACAGCCGAGAUCCUGCAGUGCUUUGGCUGCGUGGAUGUGCUCAUCAACAAUGCUGGGGUCAGCUACCGGGGUGCCAUUGUGGACACCACCACGGAGGUGGACAAGAGAGUCAUGGAGACAAACUACUUUGGCCCAGUUGCUCUCACGAAAGCUCUCCUGCCCUCCAUGAUCAAAAGGCGGCAAGGCCACAUUGUGGCCAUCAGCAGCAUCCAGGGCAAGAUCAGCAUUCCUUUCCGGUCAGCGUAUGCAGCCUCCAAGCAUGCUACCCAAGCGUUCUUUGACUGCCUGCGUGCCGAGAUGGAACAGUACGAGAUCAAGGUGACUGUCAUCAGCCCCAGCUACAUUCAGACAAGCCUCUCUCUAAAUGCCAUCACUGCUGACGGGUCCAAAUAUGGAGUUAUGGACAAGACCACAGCCCAGGGCCGAAGCCCUGUGGAAGUGGCCCAAGAUGUCCUGGCUGCUGUGGGGAGGAAGAAGAAAGACGUGAUCCUGGCUGACCUGGCACCUUCCUUGGCCGUCUAUCUGCGGACACUGGCUCCUGGGCUCUUCUUCAGCCUCAUGGCCUCCCGGGCCAGGAAGGAGCGGAGACCUAAGAACUCCUAGUGCUUUGUUGAGCCCGGGUGGGAAAGCAGUGCCUGCCUGGGUGUGGCUGCUCUAUAGGGGAUGGUUGCCUUUGUGGGAGCUUUAUAGUUAUUUGCUGCAUGGGUGGGAAGGAUGGAAGACAGUCUUGCAGAUCCCUGGCUAGGCCCCUGCUGGCAGAGAACAGGAACCACAAAAGGCAGCAACUUCCCAGGGGUGUGGGGUAACCCUUAAGGAGUUGAUGUGGAACUGGGUUUACACUCUAAGGAUAUGAAAUAAAUGAAUGAAUGGUGAAA